AGGGAAGAGAAUGGAGCUGAAUGGAAUAGAGAAGAACAGUCAAAAAAGCGGGGAAGACAAUGCAACCUUUGAGUUCGAGGAGCAGGAUCAGAUAUACAUUGAUGGGGACAGUGCGCCUGAAGUUACCAACAACGAACACAAAAAGAAAGACCAAGAAAACAAAUGCUUGCGAAUAAAGGCAUUCCAGAGUUAUUUGGCAGAGCACAAAGACCAGAUCCGCCUGAUUAUACACCUGGUUUUAGCAGCAGGCUUUGUUGCCGUAGUGAUAGCGGCAUGUGUCCUCAACUUCCACCGGGCUCUUGUGCUGCUGGUCAUCUCCUUGGUAACCGUAUUCUUCCUGGUCUGGGAUUGGAUGAUGGGCCGGUAUGGCGACCGGGUGUGGGAGGAGCUCUCUCCUACCAGAGACCUUCUGAGCAGAAACUGGUUCUGGAUCAGAUGGUUACUGUACGUGCUGCUGCUGGUUGCCGUGGUGCUCUGGCUGGCACUGGACACAGCCCGGCGAGGGACCAGACAGCUGGUGUCUUUCUGUGGUCUGCUGCUCCUCAUCUUCUUAAUGCUGCUGUUCUCCAAACACCCGUUCAGAUGGUGUUGGCAAACCUUGCUCUGUGGGAUCGGGCUACAGUUUGUCUUUGGACUGCUGAUCCUCAGGACCACAUUCGGUUUAGUUGGAUUGGAAUGGGUCGGAGAAAAAGUGAAGGUUUUUAUGUCAUUUGCAGAUGUUGGGUCUAAGUUUGUGUUUGGUGACAGCUACAGAGACCAUCUCUUCGUCUUCCAGGUGAUGCCUAUAUUGGUUUUUUUAAGCUCCGUCAUCUCCAUCCUCUACUUCAUUGGUUUCAUGAACUGGCUCAUUCGCAAGAUUGGAUUCAUAAUGCAAGUUACCAUGGCAACUUCUCCUGCAGAAUCAAUGGCUGCAGCUGGAAAUAUUUUCUUGGGAAUGACGGACUCACCCCUCUUGAUUCGUCCAUACAUCAGUGGGCUCACUUGCUCUGAAAUCCAUGCAGUGAUGACAGGAGGUUUUGCUGGAGUCUCUGGUACCAUUUUGGGAGCCUAUAUCUCUUUUGGGGUCGAGGCAACACACUUGUUGACAGCAUCGAUUAUGUCCGCUCCCGCCUCCCUGGCUGUCGCCAAAAUGUUCUGGCCUGAAACAGAGACCCCCAAUGUGUCACCCAGUCAUGACCUCCAACUGGACAAGGGAGAGAGUAAGAACGUGUUGGAGGCGGCAUCCCAAGGUGCAUCCUCUGCUGUGGAGCUUGUGGCCAACAUAGUUGUCAACCUCAUUGCCUUUCUGGCACUUUUGGCCUUUUUCAAUGCUGUUCUCUCCUGGCUGGGUGGGAUGUUUGAUUAUCCGCAGCUCAGCUUCUCGCUCAUCUGCUCUUACGUGUUCAUGCCUCUCUCCUUCAUGAUGGGUGUUUCCUGGGACGACAGCUUCAUCGUGGCCGAACUCAUUGGAAUAAAGACGUUUGUCAAUGAAUUUGUCGCCUAUCAGAAAAUGUCGGAGUACAUCAAGAGGCGGAAGGCAGGAGGGCCAGAAUAUGUGAACCACGUAAAGCAGUAUAUUUCUGUCCACUCUGAAACCAUUGCAACCUACGCUUUGUGUGGAUUUUCCAACCUUGCUUCCCUGGGGAUGUCGAUUGGAGCGCUGUCGAGCUUGGCUCCAGAAAGACGGACUGACAUCUCAAAUUGUGCCUUCAGAGCUCUGAUUGCAGGCAGCGUGUCCUGUUUCAUGACUGCUUGUAUUGCAGGUGUGUUGUACAUCCCUGAUCUUCACUGCCCACACUUCCUGAGCACACAGUUCAACAACACCAAUGUGACCAGCAACUCAGAACUGGUCACCUGCUGCACACAGCUGUAUAACAGUGUGACAGUGUUUGAGCCAUGGAACAUGACGAUCGGCAAAGGAUUCAGUCACAACAGCUUGCAACACUGCUGCACGCUCAUACCCCCCACACACUUCAACUGCAGCCUGGUGGUUUGAACUACUGUGAACAAAAAAACACACCUCAAUCGUAGUGAGCCAUGUGAUCAUUUUAUAUGUAAUGUUUACUGUUUUUACAUAC